UGUAAACAAAAAUUUAGGCAAAAAAAACUAAAAAUUGAAGUAAAAGUGAAUUCCGUCGACCUUUUAACGUAAUAAUUAUGAACAUUUCCACCGAUUUUGGACCCGAUUCCGGGGGUCGAGUAAAGGGUUUAACUAUUGUGAAGCCGCUCAUCUACGGAAAUGUGGCCCGGUCGUUCGGAAAGAAGCGGGAAGAGGAUGGCCACACGCAUCAGUGGACCGUUUACGUGAAACCCUACCACAACGAGGACAUGCAGACGUACGUGAAGAAGAUCCACUUUAAGCUGCACGAGAGCUAUGCCAACGCGAACCGCAUCAUUUCGAAGCCACCGUACGAGGUGACGGAAACAGGUUGGGGCGAAUUUGAAAUCGUCAUCAAGAUCUACUUUCACGAUCCAACCGAACGGCCGGUCACGAUGUACCACAUAUUGAAGCUGUUCCAGUCACCUAUCCUUGACGGUGAGGUGUCCACGCAGAUUGAAGGCAAAAAGGGGCUUGUGUCGGAACAGUACGAGGAAAUUGUGUUCCAGGAGCCAACACAACUGAUGCAGCAACUUCUCACCAACGUGCAACCUGUUACAGCCGGUGUCUGGAAGCAUGAUACAGAUUUUGAGGAGAAAAAAGUGCAAGCGUUGGAAAACAUAAACGAAACCAAGGUAAAAGUAAUGGCGGAAAUAGCGCAGUUAAAAGACAAACUCAAACUUGCUAGAGAAACAAUAGCCAAGUUUAAGGCAGAAACGGCCAAAAUACAAGGACAGCAACCUGCAGCAUGAACUCAACAUCGUAUGAUGUGUUAAAGAUUAAGAUUUAAAUAAAACAUUGCUUAUAAGUAACUUCAUCGUGCUCAUCUUUAUUUCCAUUUCGUUUACCACAUUCCAUACGCU